AUUCUCUUCAUAAAAACUUCAAGGAUGCAUAAUUUCCCAAUCUUUCUUAUCCUCGUCAUUGUAUUGACUCUUUUUGGUACUGACGCCCGUGUUACUUUUGAUUCUCAAAAGAGAAGCCCUCAGCCAUAUGACGCUCAAGGUCUUGUUAAUGGACUUCUUGGUGGUGGUAAAUCUUCUGGUAAACCUUAUAGCCCUCUUUCAGAUCCUUCCGAAUUAAACGGUGAUACUACUAAAGGUGACAGCUAGAAAGAGCGUAAUUAAGAUAAACUACUCAAGACUUUAGAAAAUGAUAGUGUAGCAAAAUAUUAGUUGGUGUAUAAUGAAGCACUUUUUAAAGAUGUCUACCUUUACAUAAUUGAUUAAUAAAACGAG